CGCGGCCGGAGCGAGGCGCGGGCUGUGGGGCCGCCGCGUGCCCGGCCCCGCUCGCCCGUGCCCGCCGCCGCCAGCCCGCCAUGCCCGGCUUCGACUACAAGUUCCUGGAGAAGCCCAAGCGGCGGCUGCUGUGCCCACUGUGCGGGAAGCCCAUGCGCGAGCCGGUGCAGGUGUCUACUUGCGGCCACCGCUUCUGCGACACCUGCCUGCAGGAGUUCCUCAGUGAAGGAGUUUUCAAAUGCCCUGAGGACCAGCUUCCUCUGGACUAUGCCAAGAUCUACCCAGACCCAGAGCUGGAGGUCCAGGUGUUAGGCCUGCCUAUCCGCUGCAUCCACAGUGAGGAGGGUUGCCGCUGGAGUGGGCCACUCCGCCAUCUCCAGGGCCACUUGAACACCUGCAGCUUCAAUGUGGUCCCCUGCCCCAAUCGCUGCCCGGCCAAGCUGAGCCGGCGGGAUCUGCCUGCCCACCUGCAGCACGACUGCCCUAAGCGCCGCCUCAAGUGUGAAUUCUGUGGCUGUGACUUCAGCGGGGAGGCCUACGAGAGUCACGAGGGCAUGUGCCCCCAAGAGAGCGUGUACUGUGAGAACAAGUGUGGUGCCCGCAUGAUGAGGCGACUGUUGGCCCAGCAUGCCACUUCUGAGUGCCCCAAGCGCACCCAGCCUUGUGCCUACUGUACCAAGGAGUUUGUUUUUGACACCAUCCAGAGCCAUCAGUACCAGUGCCCACGGCUGCCUGUUGCCUGCCCCAACCAGUGUGGUGUGGGCACCGUGGCUCGGGAGGACCUGCCCAGCCACCUGAAGGACAGUUGCAGCACUGCCUUGGUGCUCUGCCCUUUCAAAGAGUCUGGCUGCAAGCACAGGUGCCCUAAGCUGGCAAUGGCACGUCACGUGGAGGAGAGUGUAAAGCCACAUCUGGCUAUGAUGUGUGCCCUGGUGAGCCGGCAGCGGCAAGAGCUGCAGGAGCUGCGGAGGGAGCUGGAGGAGCUAUCCAUAGGCAGCGAUGGAGUGCUCAUCUGGAAGAUCGGCAGCUAUGGGCGGCGUCUCCAAGAGGCCAAGGCCAAGCCUAACCUGGAGUGCUUCAGCCCGGCCUUCUACACACACAAGUACGGCUACAAGCUGCAGGUGUCCGCGUUCCUCAACGGCAACGGCAGUGGCGAGGGCACACACCUCUCCAUCUACAUCCGUGUGUUGCCAGGCGCCUUUGACAAUCUCCUUGAGUGGCCCUUUGCCCGGCGGGUCACCUUCUCCCUGUUGGAUCAGAGCGACCCGGGUCUGGCCAAGCCACAGCAUGUCACAGAGACCUUCCACCCUGAUCCAAACUGGAAGAACUUCCAAAAGCCCGGCACUUGGCGAGGCUCCCUGGAUGAGAGCUCUCUGGGCUUUGGCUACCCCAAAUUCAUCUCCCACCAGGACAUUCGAAAGCGAAAUUACGUGCGGGAUGACGCAGUCUUCAUCCGUGCCUCCGUCGAACUGCCUCGGAAGAUCCUCAGCUGAUGGUAGAGCCUUCUGCGCUGAAGCCGGAAGGGAGGUGGGACAGUACCUCAGCCGCUGGCUGGGACUGGAGAGGGGGCCGGACCCCCCUGCAGCUUCUUUUGCCUAGGUUGUUAGCCCACCACCCUCUCCCCACACCACCACCACCGCCCCACCCCUCAGGUGCCUCCAAUUGGUGCUUCAGCCCUGGCCCCUGGGGGGGAGCAGGUCUCGGGGUUAUCAAGGGCUGGAAACAAGUGAUCCCAGGGCCUGUCUCCCCUCCUGGGCAGGGCAGACAUGCCUUGGUGCCAGCCACAUUCUACCUGGACUGAGGUGCCUGCUCAGGUGCUAUGUCCCAAGAGCCAUAGUGGGGGUGGGGGUAUGGGAAAAGGGAGGGGGUAGUUCUAAGAAUCUGCCUUGAGAUUAAUCUCUCUCCAUUUACCCAGUGUUGCCCUCUCCGGUUAUUUAUUUCUUUAGUGCCAGGAGGGCACAGCAGGGGAACUCUGAUUUUUAAUAAAUCCUGAAUUGUAUUUAUUAACUUGAUUCCAGCCUGUCUCCUCCCAGUUGGUUAGGGUUCUGGGAGGCUGGGCCCAACAGAAGGAAAGGGGUUGAGCUGCUGCUGCUCGCAGUGGACCGCUCUGGUGGACAAUAUGGGAACUGCAGCAAGCCUUGUGUGGGCGCCUGCAGCUGCCCUCUGGUGGUUCGAUGGAUAAGUGCAGGGACCGCUUUUCAUCAGGCUGGCGUUUCUAGUUCCUACCUCACCAAAGACAAGUUCUCUGCUUAGGCAGGUGUUUAUCAAUAAUUACCAUGUGUGUAUACAUGUGCGAGACAAAGGUCCAUGUCCAGUGUCGUCCUCAGUUACUCUCGACCACUUUGAGCCAGGAUCAAAACUCCUGGAGCUCACUGAUUCCACAAGACUAGUCAGUCUAGUCGGCCAACGCGCUCCGAAAAUCUUGCCUUGACUGACCCUGCACUAGGGUGUUAUAGGUGUGCGUUGUUGUGUAGUUUUUGUUUUUUGUUUUACACAGGUGAGGGAAUCCAAACUCAAGUCCUUGUGUUUGUAUAAGUACUUCCACCAAGACGGCCAUUUUUUUGGGGGGUGGGGUUUCGAGACAGAGUUUCUCUGUGUAGUUUGGUGCCUAUCCUAGAUCUCGCUCUGUAGUCCAGGCUGGCCUCGAACUCACAAAGAUCAGCCUUGGCUCUGCCUCCCAAGCGCUGGUAUUAAAGGCAUGCACCACCACUGCCCGCCUUUCUCCUGUGUGGUCCCAGGUGUCUGGAAGUCACUGUAGAUCAGGCUGGCCUGGAACUCAGGAGACCCUCUGCCUUCUGAAUGCUGGGAUUAAGAGCACGUAUCACCCUGCCCGGCUUCCUGAGGCCUUUGUAAAGCUUUUACCAUUAGAAUAAAUGGCCUUCAUGAAGAGUUAA